AUUAACUCAUUUUGUUGACAUGUCAUAUAGUUAUACAUCAAAUAGAAAUUACCUGACCUUAGUAAACGUAACGUAUUCAAGCAAAUUUGUCAAGACUUCUAACGCCUCUUUUUUCAAUGUCGGGAUUUUCAUCUGAUUUAAUCAGAAUGCAACGAUACGAUAUUCUCAUUCAAGAGAUAGAAGGUAUAGACGACUAUCUGGGCCCAACUUUUCGAGCUAUUUAUGAUGGCCACGAACAUCAAAAGUUUAUGGAAAAGCUUGAUGAGCGUAUCAAAGCUCAUGACAAAGACAUUGAAAGAAUGUGCAACCAUCACUAUCAAGGUUUUAUUGACUCAAUAAGGGAGCUCCUGCAAGUCCGUUCUCAAGCACAACAACUCAAUGCUGAGAUAUUGGAGCUGGACAAACGCAUCACUGCCACUUCCACCAAAGUUAUAGAGAAAGGGGAAGAACUUGUUAGAGCUCGUAAAGUAGAAAGUAAUAUGGCUGCAGCAGUAGACAGUCUUACCAUGUGUCUUCCUGUUUUAGCUGCCUAUGCAAAGUUACAGAAACAAUUGAAAGACAAACGUUAUUAUCCAGCAUUAAAAACACUGGAGCAACUAGAACAUCAUGAUCUACCAAAAGUAACAAAUUAUAGAUUUUCUUCACAAAUUACUCAGCAAAUUCCACAACUACGUGAGAAUAUAAAGGAUGCUUCCAUGUCUGAUUUAAGAGACUUUUUAGAGAAUAUUAGGAAGUACUCGCCAAAGAUUGGCGAAGUUGCUAUGAGACAUACGCAAGAGCAGUUAACUAUCGAAGCUGAAAUUAUUGGUCGUAAAAAGAAGAAGCCACAGACUAAAACUUCUUUGCCAAAUGAUGGUGAAGAGGAAUUAAGUGCACAAGACCUGAUGGAUUUCAGUCCAGUAUACCGUUGUAUGCAUAUUUAUACAGUGCUUCGUGAAGGCGAAACAUUUAAAGCAUACUACAGGCAACAAAGAAAACAACAGGCUAGACUGGUUUUGCAAUCACCUAUUAAUAUGCAUGAGAGUAUAGUUGGUUAUCAAACUUACUUACAAGGCAUUAUUGGUUUCUUCGUGGUGGAGGACCAUAUUUUGAAUACAGGCAAUGGUUUGGCAACAAGGACAUACUUAGACGAACUGUGGUCCAUGGCCUUGUCCCAGAUAGUGAAUGCACUACGCACCCAUUCUGCAUACUGUACGGACGCAACGCUUAUUUUAAAAAUAAAAAAUCUUAUAAUGUUAUUCAACACAACUUUAAGAAAUUAUGGGUAUUCUGUAGGACAGCUUUGGGAUUUGCUACAAGAAAUUCGAGUACAUUAUAAUGAGGUAUUGAUGCAACAUUGGGUUCAAGUGUUCAGAGAUAUUUUGGAUGAAGAUAAUUUCUUACCAGUUCAGGUCACAACACAAGAAGAAUAUGAUAAGAUUCUAGAUUUGUUUCCAUAUCAUGACGACGAGUUUGAAAAACCGGAAUUCCCAAAAAAGUUUCCGUUCUCAGAUAUGGUACCGAAAGUGUAUCAGCAAGUUAAGGAAUUUAUCUAUGCCUGCUUAAAGUUCUCGGAAGACUUAAAUUUCACGCAAACCGAGAUAGAUGAAAUGAUUUGCAAAUCGACGAAUUUAUUAUUAACAAAAACAUUUAGCGGUUGUUUAUCUUCCUUAUUUCGAAAACCAUCACUAGCUCUUUUACAAGUAGUUCAGAUUAUAAUAAACACGGGAUACCUUGAAAAGUCAACAAAGUAUUUGGAAGAGUUCGUGACUAAUAUUACAGGGACGCCACAUGAAGGACAACUAAGUUGCAUGGGUGUCGAAUCAGCUAUGUUUAGGGUAGCAAGAGACGACGCUGAGAAACAAAUCUGCGAUAAAUUAACGAAUAAGCUAGACGAGUUUUUGGAGUUAGAAAACUAUGACUGGAACUUGGCAGAACCUCAAGGACAUGCAUCGGGCUUUAUUACUGAUCUAAUAGCAUUUUUACAAAGUACUUUUACGUGCUUCACCAAUUUACCAGAGGAAGUUGCUCAGGUUGCCUGCAAUGCUGCUUGUUCUCAUAUAGCAAAGGCUAUACUAGCCAUAUUAAUUAGCGAAGAUGUGAAACAAAUAUCUAUGGGUGCUCUUCAACAAGUUAACUUAGACACAAUACAGUGUGAACAAUUCGCUGCCUCAGAACCUGUGGUUGGUUUGCCAGAAGGAACCUUGCUUCAACAUUUCGCACAGUUAAGACAAUUACUAGACUUAUUUAUGAGUUGGGACUGGCCUACUUAUUUUCACGACUAUGGUCAUGAAUCAAGUAAAUAUAAUCUGGUAACUCCGAACAUGGCUGUACUGUUGUUAGAGAAAUUAAAAGAAUCCGAUAAAAAGACAGUGUUUGCUGUACUGAAAAAAAGUGAAAGGGAUAAAAAGAAACUUUUGGAAACUGUAUUGAAACAACUACGCCAAUUGGCGCAGACGACGCAACAGUGAAUGAAACCGAAGUCAAUAUGUAUAUACCUCAAAAGAGAUUGUAAAUACAUCAUUUUUAAUAUAUACGCCUCCAAGAAUAAUUCGUAAAAACUUAUUGUUAUUACAUUAAAAAUGGCUAUAAAAAAAUUUUUCACUGAUCAGUCCGCGCAU